AGGAUGCUCUGAGGAGGAGGAAGGAUGAGCACGGCCGCCAGCCCCGAGCCCCUGCCCGAGCCCCCCGCCCCCGGGCCCCGCUGCACCCCCCAGGAGGAGCCCGGCUUCCUGCGGGAGCGGAGCGGCGCCGGGGACCUGCGCCAGGACUUCAACCUCAUGGAGCAGAAGAAGCGGGUGACAAUGAUCCUGCAGAGCCCGUCCUUCCGGGAGGAGCUGGAGAGCCUGAUCCAGGAGCAGAUGAAGAAGGGGAACAACUCGUCCCACGUGUGGGCACUGCGGCAGAUCGCUGACUUCAUGGCCACCACGUCCCCUGCCGCCCUGCCCACCUCCCCCAUGGGGCUGGCGUCGGUCACCCCCAUCAACGACCUGCACGGGACGGAGGGGCCGGCGCUGGCCAAGGGCGAGCGGCUGAUGCGCUGCAAGGUGGGCAGCAUCCACCGGCUGCUGGACCUGUACGGCUGGGCACAGCUGGGACACGCUGCUGUCACUCUGCGGGUCAGCAAAGAGCAGGAGCACUUCUUGGUGGCCCCGCAGGGGCUGGCGUGCAGCGAGGUGACAGCGGCCAGCCUGGUGAAGGUGAACGUUCUGGGGGCCGUGGUGGAGCAGGGCAGCACCGGCAUCAGGCCCGACGCUCGCAGCUUCAGCCUGCACGCCGCGAUCUACGCCGCACGCCCCGACAUCCGCUGCAUCGUGCGGCUGCACACCCCCGCUGCUGCCGCUGUGUCGGCCAUGCGCUGUGGGCUCCUGCCCAUCUCCCGUGCCGCUCUUCUCCUGGGGGAUGUCGCCUACUUCGACUUCCGUGGGGAGGUGGAGGAUGAGGCUGAUCGUGUGGAGCUCCAGAAGUGCCUCGGGCCUACCUGCAAGAUCCUGGUGCUGCGGAACCAUGGGGUGCUGGCACUGGGGGACACGGCAGAGGAGGCCUUUUACAGCAUCUUCCACCUGCAGGCGGCCUGCGAGGUCCAGGUGUCGGCGCUGGCGAGCGCAGGCGGCGCGGAGAACCUGAUUGUGCUGGAGCGGGCGCAGCAGCGUGUGCCUCACGGCCUGGGCGCCGUGCGCCGCGCCGGCACCACCUUCGGGCCCCUGCACAAGAGCCGCCUGGGCGAGCACGAAUUCGAGGCUCUCAUGAGGAUGCUGGACAACCUGGGAUACCGUACGGGCUACACGUACCGCUACCCCUUCGUGCAGGAGAAGAGCAAGCCCAAGAGCGACGUGCUGAUCCCUGCCACCGUGACGGCCUUCGUGUUCGAGGAGGAGCCCGCCGGGACCCCUGCCCUGCGCCAGCACGCCCAGAAGCAGCAGAAGGAGAAGACGAGGUGGCUCAACACCCCCAACACCUACACCAGGGUCAACCUGGCUGAGGAGCCGCAGGGCAGCGCUGGCAGCCAGAGGACAAAGACCACGUGGCUGCGAGCAGACGAGGUGGAGAAGGGCAGCAGUGGGACGCCCAUCCGCAUUGAGAACCCCAACCAGUUCGUGCCACUCUACACGGACCCACAGGAGGUGCUGGAGAUGCGCAACAAGAUCCGGGAGCAAAACCGCCAGGAUGUGAAGUCCGCUGGGCCUCAGUCCCAGCUGCUGGCCAGUGUCAUCGCCGAGACCAGCCGCAGCCCCUCCACUGAGAGCCACUUGGGGGAUGCAGAGGCCAAGGAGGGCCAGGAAGAGGCUCCCCCAGAGGCAGAGCCCCCCAACCCCUUCAGCCAGCUCACGGACCAGGAGCUGGAGGAGUACAAGCAGGAGGUGGAGAGGAAGAAAUGCCUGCAGGGCGAGAAGGACACGGCAGCAGAGGAGAGUGGGGCUCCUCCUCCAGAACCACCCCCUCCAGAGCCCCCGGAGCCCGUGGAGCCCACAGAGGGUGAUAAGAAAGCCAAUGGCCAAGCCACCCCUGAUUCCACUGCCAAGAAGGAGGCACCAGCAGUGGUGAAUGGGAAGGAUGAAGAGCAAAGCACUGAGGAAAACGUUGGAAAAGGGGAAACAGACCGGACAACUACCAAUGCUGACCAGGAUGCCCCCAAGGAGAAGGAGACAGUGACCAGCAACCCUGUGUCCCCUGACGGUUCACCCUCCAAAUCACCCUCCAAAAAGAAGAAGAAAUUCCGGACCCCAUCUUUCUUGAAAAAAGGCAAAAAGAAGGAAAAGAUUGAAUCAUGAGUCUCACAAGGCCUCACGUGUGGCCAUCCCAGGGAUCCCCAGGAUCUCUGAGACCAGGAGCGCUGGGGCGGGGGCAGCUCCUGCCUCGUGCGUCUGGCCGAGGUGCGGCCCAAAACCCCCAAAAUCCGGCUGUUUUCUGGGUCCUCCUGGCACAAGGCAUCUCAUCCCCCUUGUCACCCACCCCUGGAGGCAGUCACCGAGCUUAGAGAAACUGUGGUCCCCAUUUGGGGAAAUUCCCGCUGCAUCUCCCUCCCCCCUUUCCCUCCUGGGCUCCGGCCCCUUCCCACCAUGGGCCUAGGGUUGAAUUUUCUCCACCAGAGCCCAGGUCUGCUUGAUUUGAGGAAGAAAAGAGUGUGUUGUGGUUAUUUCUUCACCUUCUGUUUCAAGCUCUGCUGGAAUGGCGCUGGCUUCAUCCCCAGGGAAAACUGUCCAUCGCUUUGCCUGGAGAAUGGGAUCGAUCUGAAGGCGGGGGAUUGCUUUUCCUGAAGGAGAAGCUGAGAUUUUUCCUUCCUGGAUUGUAAUCUUCCUCUCCUUGGGAUAAAGAACCACUUCAUCCCUUUCUCCUGGUACUCCCACCCCGUGUUUUCCCCACCCACAGAAGAGCAGCAGGAUUCCCCACCACUGGAAGAGCCCCCACCUCACUUGCACGACCCGCACCUGGGAAAAUAGGGGAAAAAAAACCCUCUGGGAAUUGUCUGUGUUAUUUAAAACUGAGCAAAACUCACUCACUAAGUGCUACUUCGGGAUGAACACACGCUGCUAAUUCCCGCCGGCCUCUGCUCACAGUGACCCCGUCCACGCCGGAUCCCUGCUUUUCCCAGCUCUGGAUUCCCAGCACAAGUUCAGUCCUUCUUGGCGUUCCCUUCCCUCCCAGCAUUACAACCUCCUGGCCAACCCCUUCCCAGGAAGAGCUCCAGCCAUGCUGAUGUUCCCCACAGCCAUUCCAGCGCCGGGAUUUGGGGAUAAAUCAAUGGAAUCAGCCCCCCAUCCUCCCAAUUUCCUGGGGUGCUCACCCUGAGCCUUUCUGCAUCCAUGGAGCCCUGUCCAGGAAGUCUGGAAUGCCCCAGAACCCCAUUUGGGAUUUCUUUGCCCCAGGAGGAUUUUCCCACGUGCCAUCACUGUGGUUUCAAACCUUUUCACUGCUGUGAAACCGCUCCUGGGGGUUGGAUUCCCUCUGGAAGAGCAGGAAGCCCAUGGAACAGGGGGUGCAGGAAGCAGCAGAGAGACCCCAGACAGGGAUCUUGUCAGAGCUCCAUGGUCAACCUGACCCCACAGGUCCCCAUCCCACUCCUGCAGGAUGGGGGGCACUCUGAGCCCCUAACCCCCCUCGGUGCCCCCAGCCCUGUCACUGGGGGGUGUGUUCCUCACUGCCACUGGUUUUAAGGCUCUUUGAGGCCAUUUUUGUCCCUGGGCCUGUUUGCUCUGGGUGACCCAGGACAGCAGAGCCUGCAGAGACAGCUGUGUCACCUCCCCAGGGUAGCACUGUCACACCUGGGGUCAAUUCCUGAAUGACAGCACUGCCACACCCCCAGCCCAACCUGGGGGCUCCCCCAGGGGUUUUGUCCCCCCUUUGUCCCUGAAGGUCUGUCCCCAAGGCCUUUGUCACUCCUUUUUCCAAGAGCCACUGGCUUUGCAGGGGACCCUGGGAUUGAUUUCCCCCUCCAUGAAAUUCUGGGGAGUUUCAGGUAGAAAGGGACGAAGGCUCCAGUGCCACCAUCAUCACAACAAUGAUGUCCUGGGUGCACAGCUGGAAGGAAACAGAAUCAAGAUCACAUCCCAGGACCACCCUUUGGGUAAUUCCCCCACCUCACCUCGCUGCCUCGCCCUCCCCUCACUCCAGCAAGGCUCAGGGUGGCGGGGUCUCUGCAGGGGAAGGCAGGGAGAGGGCAAAUCCCUGACCCGGCACCUCCACAUCUGCACCUCCGCUGGAAAAGAGAGGCUGAUCCCAUGUUGGCAAGGGGGAAGGGCGAAUCCAGCUGCACUCAGCUCCCCUCCUCCCAGCUGGGGCUGCCCAGGAAGGCCCGGCUGGCGGAGGGAGGGGGUGCUGAACCGCCCGGGACGCCACCGGGAGGAGGCCGGGGUGUGAAAUGUCCCCGCGUGUGACAAUCGCGGCCGGGAGCGCGUGGAACGCCGGUGUAAAUAAACCCUGUGUUUGGCA